GUCCAGUGUUGGUUCGUGUACCAGACCGAUCACAUCGGAUUACACAUAGUUGAGAACAUUGGGUAUUUCACACUUGUUUCCCGUGGAAUUUCUCCUAUGUUCUUUGUUAUUAAAUAAGUUCGCGUGUGCUUGGAUGUGUGCUAUUUUGCCUUUUCAAAGUGAUUAACAAGAAAUUGUUCAUUUUGAUUUGAGCGUUUGAAAGUGUUCACACCGCCGGAGCAACAAUGUUUGAUGUGUUUGGCUCCGUAAAGGGGCUCCUGAAGCUCGACAGUGUCUGCAUAGACAACAAUGUCUUCCGUAUGCACUAUAAAGGAACUGUCAUUAUCCUCAUUGCCUUUUCACUGCUCGUCACCUCGCGUCAGUACAUUGGGGAUCCCAUUGAUUGUAUUGUGGAUGAGAUACCCCUCAAUGUUAUGGAUACCUAUUGCUGGAUUUACUCCACUUUCACGAUACCCAACCGGCUAACUGGAGUAGCCGGUAAGGAUAUGGUACAACCGGGUGUGGCGAGUCACGUGGAUGGUGAGGAUGAAGUGAAGUAUCACAAGUACUACCAGUGGGUGUGCUUCGUACUAUUCUUCCAAGCCAUCCUCUUUUACAUUCCACGCUACCUGUGGAAGACCUGGGAGGGUGGUCGAAUUAAGAUGCUAGUGAUGGAUCUCAAUGCACCAAUUGUCAAUUUUGACUGCAAGGAGGAUCGAAAAAAGAUCCUAGUAGACUAUUUUGCUGACAACAUCAACAGGCACAAUUUCUAUGCCUAUCGCUUCUUCAUAUGCGAAUUCUUGAAUUUGGCCAAUGUCUUUGGCCAAAUAUUCUUCAUGGACUUUUUCCUCGAUGGCGAAUUUACCACCUACGGUAGCGACGUAGUGCGCUUUACGGAGAUGGAACCCGAAGAACGCCGAGAUCCGAUGGCGAGGGUAUUUCCAAAAGUCACCAAGUGCACCUUCCACAAAUACGGUCCAUCAGGUAGUGUGCAGAAAUUCGACGGCCUAUGCGUUCUGCCACUCAAUAUUGUCAACGAGAAGAUCUACGUGUUCCUCUGGUUUUGGUUUAUUGGACUGACCGUUCUAACUGCACUCUCCGUUGCAUUUCGCAUUGCCGUGAUCUUCGUACCUAAGAUUAGGCUGUACCUGCUGAGGGCCCGAUCCAAACUAUCGGCACACCAGGAUGUGGAAAACAUAUCAAAGAAGUGCCAAAUUGGUGAUUGGUUUGUGCUGUACCAGCUCGGCAAGAAUAUCGAUCCACUCAUCUACAAAGAAGUCAUCUCUGAUCUAGCACUUAAAUUGGACGAAUCUCUAUUCGACGAGACGCAUAAGAGAGAACUAAAGCUUGCAAGAGAGGAAAUUGAUUUUGAUGUGUAGGGAGUUUUUUUUUAUAAAUUAAUUUAAUUUUAAUUAAAUUAUAUUGAAAAAAAAAAGAAAAAAAGACCAUGAAAGUAACUAAAUUAUUUUAGAAAUUAUUUUUUUUUAGUGCACAGAUCCGGGAUUGGAAUGUUGUUCCGAUUCAUAAACUAUUUUCUUGAAGCAAUGAUUAAGUUUAUGAGCUACGCAAAAUGACAUUUGUUUUGUAAACAAAUGUUUGAUUUUUCACUAAGAGUGAGCUAAUCGACUUGUGUGUUUGUAAAAUGCUAACAAUUGUGUUUAUCAUUAGUCUUAUUCAUGAGUGAUAAGACGAACCCCUUUUCGAAGUUGCCAAAAGAAAACACUUGAGAAUCGCAUUGUUAGAAGUACAGAUGUCGGUAGCUUCAACUGCAAAUGAACUUUCGGUUUUUCGAUGUUUUUCUAUAUUUAUGAAAAAUCUAUCAAAAAAACUGAACUGAGGAUUUACCCUAGAUUUCUUUUUAUAUGCGAAUAUAGAACUAAAGUUAAAAGACAAACAUAGAAAACUUUAUUCUAUAUUUUCACACGGAAAUUGAAAUGUUAAUAUAGAAUAUGAGGAUUCACUUUUCGGUUCUUCUGUAUACAAAUGUCAACAUAGAACGCGUCGUUUAAUGUUUUCAUGCGAAAUCUGACACGCUUCUUCUUUGAAUGUAUUCUAUGAUUUAUGCAUUGUGAAAAAAACGGGUGCGAUUAACUUUUUUCCUCGUAACUUUAACACUUUUUAGGUGUAAAAAUAUAUUAAUAUUUUUCAAUGUUAGUUUUACACCUUUUUAAGUGUAAAAUUAACAUGAAAAAGGUUAACUUUAACCCACAAUACACCUAAAAAGUACAAUAUUUACACCGAUUUCGGAUCAAUAAUGCAGGGUAAAAUUAACAUUUCCGGAAUGUUAUUUUAACUUUUUCAGAUUUCUCCCAUGUUGUCUGCUUCCAAAAUUGGUAGAAAUAUUUUUACAGUAAUAUUCGUUAUUCCAAUUUUGACAAAUUUCUAUGUUUUUAAAAUGUUGUUUGCUGUAUCACUAUUACAUUUGUUAUGAAUAUGUUAUUAUAACUAGACUUUUGAAUUAAGACCUACAUAGAACCCUCCGAUAUUCGGUUUUCCGAAUCGAGAAAUUGUUACUCGGUGACAGCAGUAAAACACGAGAAAGUUAAAAAAUGCCACCUACCAUUUUCUCUCAUUUUCCAAUCAGCCGAAUCUAGAAGAGCUUAGUUUACUUAAAUAUGUACCAGUAUCACAGAAUAUAAAACAUAGAACAAGAUCGAUCAACCAUCAUGACAUUCAAAAAGACAUGCAUUAAUUCUACGUUGAUUUUUGUAACAGUUCAUUUGAAGAUAUGUCAAAUCAAUUAUCAGAAUCAAGUUAGAAAAAAUAUAGAAAAACAUAGAAAAUUGGUUUUGUUUUGAACUUCUCGGGAAAUCUUUUCUAAAUUGCAAACACCUCAGGUAUUUGAUAGAUUUUGCAUUUUUAACAAAGAAAAACAUAGAAAACAUCGAAAAUUGCAAGUUUCACUUUUAAAUUUUGGAAAAUUUUCAAAAUUCAAUAUAUAACAAUUCCCAGCGAGUGCACUUAGCUGAGAAAAACAGUGUUUUCAGCAUAUUUUUUGCUAAAUCGGUCAGCAAAAAUAUCCUGAUCAGUCAGCAGUUCUCGAACAAAAAGUGCUAACCAAAUAUAUAGAAAUGGCACUGUCUCGUGAGUGUCGUUUUAAAGUUAACAGAAUUCAGCUGUAAAUACUAUGUUUUCAGCUGAAUUGAAAUCGGUUAGCAUUUGGUGCUCACUGGGUUAUAUGUAUACAUCUCCAGUUUUUCGGAGUGUAUUUUUCAAAAAUUCCGCAAUAUUUUGAAUUAAUUCGCUUCAUAUUGAAGAUAGAACACACGUGACAGCAUUCCUUGCCCAGAUCUGUGUCUUCCACUGAUCGAAAAGACUCAUUCUCACUUGGAAAUGUGCAUUCUCCAUUUUUUUUUUUUUGGGAAACCUUUGUUUCUACUUUUUCGUAUACGCCUAGAAUCGUAGUGAGAAUUGACCGUUACAUUCCAUCUUUUUUCCCACGCACAAGACAAUAAAUGAAACUUUAUUGAGAAUUUCGUACAAGUGUAUUGAUGAAUAAAGGUAAAAAAAAAAAACGCGAUAGAGGAAUGGAAGAUUCACACAAUAGUUUUGGUUGGCAGUUGAAGAAUAGAAUUAAACAGAUGGAUGUAUAUAACAAAAAAAGUCCAAAACUAAAAUGUUUAUGCAAACACAGUUCUAAAAUAGACAAUCGAGUUUCCAUUUAACGAUGUUAUUUUGUCUACAAAGGUGUAUAUUUUUUUUCUUUUUCAAGAAGUUCAUAGACCCAAAUAACUUGUGGUCAUUGUGAUUAUGAAAAUCUGUGCCUUCUGCCCUCCGAAACAAAUAUUUUGUGAAGAUCACCAUUGAAAAUAUCAUUUAUCAGAUUUUUUUUCUGCGUUCGUAUCAUUUAUGAGGAAUAUUUGAUUUAAUAAAAAGAAAAACUAUUGAAACAAGACGUGAAAAAGAACUUUUCGAAUAUUAGUGUGUAAGAUUUCUAAUUCUACCCUUUCCCUUUAUGUAUUUUAUUUUCAAGAGAAAAUUAGGAAAACAGUCAUAAUUUGCACAUUUUGCCCUUAACUAAUUUCUCACUGUUUUAAGUGCAAAAAUCAGCACCUUUCUCUGAGGUGUUGAAUCAUCAUUUAUAACUUCCUUCCAUUUACUUAUAAUACAAAAGAGAAAAUAUAGAGAGAAAAAAAUACUAGAUAAAUAUAUAUUUUUUGCCAUAAUUAAACUAUUUUAUAGAAUGUAUAGAUUUUAUUUACAUUUUAUUGUAUGACAUGAAGGAUUAAAAUUAUAUGCGCCGCACGAAGAUUUUUCCUGUUAAAAUAUUCUACUGUUCUUACCCUCAUGCGAAGUCGUUUGCAAUUAAUGAGAUGGAAAAGCUCCUUCUAGAAUCCGAGGAUAUUUCUUAUAAAUUUGUAGAAGGUUGUAACCCUGUUUUAUCGCCCUUUCAAAUGAAAAUGACAAAUUGGUUUAUUUUCUCGCGAAAAAGUUUCGUGCGCAGCGCCUUACAUUGCAAAAAAAUUACAAAAAGAAAGACAUCUUUGGGGCAAAAUCUAAGAGAGAUAAAAAUGUGUAUAAUUCCUACUUAGGAAAAGAUUUGGAAUCUUUCUACAUUGUUCUUUUUUUUGAUAAAAGACAGACGAAGAGUUUAAUCUUGAAAAUUUAUCAAGAAAGGAUUUAAUUAAGAAAAAAUAUCACAUUCUACGUUUGACACUGACUCCAAAAUAACCAAAUUUGAUGUACAAAUAUUUUUGGUGUUCAAAAAAAAAUUGAAAGUUUGUUCUAUUCUUGGAUGUGGGAAAAUUAAAUGCAAAUGCCCCAGGAGAACAAACGCGCUCUUUCAUGAAAUUAAACGAAGCAAAAAUUAAGUCAAUUAGCACAAGAAGUUGAGAAAGAAAAUUACUAUAAAGAAAUGAGAAAAAAAUACUCAAAGUGCAAUUAAUUACAUAUCUUUCAAUGACCCAGAUUUAUGGGACAGAUAUUAAAAGGCGAUAUUUCAUAUUAUUCUUUCCAAACUUGGAUAAAGUGUCAAAACGAUUGAAUGAUCAAAACAAUUUUUCAAUUACAAACUAGGGAGAGCUAUACUGAAGAAAAAAAAUUUAAGACGAUAGCGAAAAGAUGAAAUGAACGUAUAAAGAGUUGUGAUCGUAGAAAUAUCUUUUUUUUAUACUUGUUAAGACAUUAUACUAUUAAUAGUGUAUUUUUUUUAGGGAUAAACUAUUUUUCUAUAUACACAUCUUUUUAUGUAAGUGUGAAGAGCGAAAGAUAAGAGCGAAGGAGUAUUGUGUAUUUUUUGAGAAAAGAUAAAAAAAUAAACCCAUCAUAAAGAUUGUCAUAGUAAGGAAAAAAAAUUCUUGUGUUUAGAAUCCCAAGAAUUUUGUGGUGUUCUGAUUGGGUUGUCCAUCUAAACAUAUUUUAACUAUCUUUCAUUUUCUUUUUUUUUACAUCGCUAAUUAAUUAAUAAAUCGAUGGAAAAUAACAAUUUUUAUGAUAAUCAUUAUUCUUACACAUUUUUACAAUUUUAGUGAGAUGAAUGAAAUAAAAGACCUCGAAACUGAACUAAAA